UGGCGUUAAACUUUCAGACUCCUGGAAUUCCUAUGGAUUUACUAGUUGGGAAAUUCAAUGACAAUGGAGGCUGUGGCUACAUCUUAAAACCAGAAUUUCUACGAAAUCCAAAACUCAUGUUCAAUACCUACAACCUUCCCCGCAGCAUUAAACCAAUCACCCUCUCCAUUAAG